UUGUUAUUGCAUUGCGCUUCUCUGUAAAAACACUUCUAAACUGUGGUUUCGCUUUGUUUGUUUGUUUGUCGAUAUUUUUUCUGACAUUCUGUGAUAUUGUUUUCCGUUUUAGUUUGAAAAGCAUUAAGAGAAAUAAAUACUGAUAUGAUAAACAGUAAUCAUAAUUGAUGAUAUAAAAGCCUUUAACGGUUUUACCGUACACUUAAAAAUACUCGACCGUAGAGCUGAUAAGGUUAUCAGACGGCUGCUUUACAUGUUCAAAACAGUGUCAUAACUUCAAAGAUAGGACACAGAUCAUUAUACCUAUUAUAUUAUCUAUUUUAUUAGAAGUCUGGCAGUCAUGGCUUACAUAGUAGAUCUACGUUCGGACACUGUUACCAAGCCAACAGAAGCGAUGAGGCAUGCUAUGGUUAAUUCGGCCCUUGGAGAUGAUGUUUUUGGAGAAGAUCCUACAGUUAAUGCAUUGGAAAGCAAGAUUGCCAACAUGUUGGGAAAGCAAGCAGCUCUCUUUGUCCCUUCAGGGACUAUGGCUAACCUUAUAGCUUUAAUGGUGCACUGCAACAAAAGAGGCUCAGAAGCCCUCGUCGGGAACUGUUCGCAUAUCUUCAAAUAUGAGCUGGGUGGGGCAGCACAUCUCGGUGGGAUAUUACUGAGUAUUUUGGAGAACAAACCAGACGGCACAUUCGACCUGGGCGAGGUGGAAAAGCGGAUCCGAGGAUCAGACAUCCACGAACCUAUCACUUCACUUGUAGCUAUUGAGAACACGCAGAAUAACUGUGGUGGGAAGGUGCUACCGUUGAAAUGGAUUGAUGACCUCGCUGUCCUAUGCAAGAAACACUCCGUUCCACUCCACAUGGACGGAGCGAGACUCUUCAACGCUGUCCAGCACAGCGGUGAGACAGCCAGCAGGAUAGUCCGGGAUUGUGACAGUGUGUCUGUGUGCUUCAGCAAGGGUCUGUCAGCACCCGUGGGCUCGGCGCUGGUGGGGUCCUACCACUUCAUUGAGCAGGCCCGUCGCAUGCGCAAGAUGUUGGGCGGCGGCAUGCGGCAGGCCGGCGUGCUGGCGGCCGCCGCGGUGGUCGCGCUGGACGAAGUGGUCCCCUUGUUGGCGCUCGACCACAAGAGAACGCAGAUAUUAGCUAAAGUAAUCGAAGGUCUAUUCCUGAAAACGUUCCAAGUGGAUUCAGAGAUACACACUAACAUCUUGAUGGUGCGGCUCCCCGCGGACAGCGCCGUAAGCGCCGACCAAGUCAUACAGCGGCUGGCACAAGUCUGUUUGGAUGAGACACAGGGUGAUUGCAAAACUCCAAAUGACGAAGGCGUCAUAGUGAAAGCUAUCUCGUGCAACAGCAAAACUAUAAGGUUCGUCUUACACCGGGAAAUAAACGACGAAGCGCUGUGGCUGGCCAUAAUGAAAAUCACAUACGUCUUCAAAGAGAUUGAUGCUAAGUAUCAGACGAAGAAGUAAAAAGAUUUAAGGCUGCAUUUCUAAUUGUCUUCGCUUGACACGCUGGAGCAAAAAAAAAAUAACAUUCAAAUUUCUUGAAUUUUAGUGUAUUCCGAUUUUAGAGUUAGAAUUGGUUUUAGAUAUAGCGCGCCGGUGAAGCCGCCAAAUGUCAAGUAAAUUCUUUUUACAACCAUAAAAUGACAGUGACAGUUACAUUCUUGUCUUUGGGCAUCAUUGGGCCUAAACACUAAUGAAGCGGAGCGGAGAAGUGGAGCUACACAGCUUCCAAUGAAGUGGCGCGGAAAUUUCGAGUGUUGUGAUUGGUCAAUUGAUAUACCGCUAAGCUCAUCAGUGAAAAGGCGGCCUAAGGUGUAAAGUUAGUAAAAAAAAUAUUUUUUUUAACAAAAUGAAAUGUAACAUGCUUCUGUAUAUGGAUAUUUUUGGUAUGAAAUUUUAUAAAGUAUUUUUCUAGUUCAAACAAAGUGCCAAAAAUUACAUUAAGUCAUAAUAACCUUCUCUUAUUUUGUAUGUGUUGAAAAAUAAACAUGAUCAAAUAUACAUACUUUAUUUGUUAUCUAAGUAAAUUUCUCCACUAUAGUGUUAUGAUUUUUUGGUUGCCAAUUAAAAGUGCCAGUAUAGAACUUUAUGUAUCAAUGUAAUGAUGAAUUAAAAAAAAAUAUAUUCUUAUUAUUGUUAUGUUCUUUAUAUUUGUUUUAUAUAUUGUAAUGUUAUAAAAGUUGGGUGCUAUCAUAGAAGUUCCACCGUCGAGUGAAGUAAGAAUACAAAAUGUAAAGGCCUUACUUAGUAUAAAAAUAAAAUGAAUUUAUAAUCACAAAUCUUUAUUUAGUAAAUUAAGGUACAAUUUCAUCGACAAACUUAGUUUAGCCGACAUAUUAUUGCAAUUGUUGUUAUUGACAUUUAUAUAAUACUGUUAUAAUUAUACGAGUAUACAAUUUUUUAUAUUGGUUGAACAAUA